AUGCCUGCUGUUAUUCCGCGACCCUUCAAGUUGCUCGAGGAGUUAGAGGAAGGAGAAAAAGGUUCAGGAGACACCUACACCUCGUUGGGACUCGCAGAUGGAGAUGAUAUGCAAAUGGUAAACUGGAACGGAACGAUUCUCGGCCCACCCCACAGCGUUCACGAGAACAGAAUUUACUCCCUAAGAAUCAUUGCGCCUCUGCCAAAUCCAAACAAGAAGACCGCACAAUACCCCAAGGGAACCCCCGGAUACCCAGUCGAACGUCCUGAGGUUUAUUUUGUGAACCAAAUCAACUUACCCUGUGUGAACCCAGAGACUGGCUUUGUCAACCAGGAGCAACUCGCUGGCGUCGAAAACUGGUCCCAAAACCUCUCCAUGUCCCGAAUCCUAAUCGCUCUACGAAACUCCAUGGGCCUUCCUGCGAACAAGAAAAGACCACAACCAGCCGAAGGAUCGACCUACAAGCAAUAG